UUCCCUGCAGCUCAACAAUGAUCUACUCUUCCGGAAGAGAAUCCUACUUCAACCUGAACUCCACCUGGUACGACCCCUCGGGGUCGUGGCUGGACACCCGGCGCACCCCGUUCCGCUACGGCUACGCCAACUGCUGCUCCUCGGGCUGCGACGGCGAGGGCGUCGAGGGCAUGAGGGGCCACGACUACCGGCACUACGGCUACAGGCAGCCCGUCUGCUCCGAGAGGUGCCAGGGCUACGGCUCCUCCGAGUGCUGCCACGGGGGCUCCGCCUGCGUCCGGAGACCCACCUACAGCUACGGCUCCUCGGGGGGCUGCCAGGGCUACGGGAGGUCCGUCUGCUCCGAGAGGUGCCAGGGAUCAUCCGGCUCGUGCCACGGAGGGGGCUCGAGCUGUGUCAGGAGACCCACGUACAGCUCGGGGUCGGCAGGGGGGUGCCAGGGCUACGGCAGGUCGGUGUGCUCGGAGACGUGCCACGGCUCGGGGUACCAGGGGGGCAAGGCGAGCUAUGGGAAGGCCUCACAGUGCAUCCCACAGUGUGUCCCGCAGAGCAGCCCCAAGUGCAUCCCACAGAGCUCCCAAAAGUGUGCCCCAAAGUGCAUCCCACAGAGCGCCCCAAAGUGUGCCCCAAAGUGUGUCCCAGUGCAGACCUGUCCCCCUCCAGUGCAGGUCUGUCCCCCUCCAGUGCAGGUUUGUCCCCCUCCAGUGCAGGUCUGUCCCCCUCCAGUGCAGGUCUGUCCCCCUCCAGCACAGGUUUGUCCCCCUCCAGUGCAGGUCUGUCCCCCUCAAAUCCAGCAAGGCUGUGUGCCCGUGCCAAAGGGCAUCCCAAGGCAGCAGCAGAAGCAGGUCUGCAAAAUUCCAGCCCGGAAGAUAAAGUAG